CCUACUUAACUUCUGUUCACCCACCUGGAAGAUCCUAACCAGCAACCAUGAUUGAUGAUGAGCUGUCGGCCUUGGUAGUAGAUAAUGGGUCAGGGAUGUGCAAGGCAGGUUUUGGGGGUGAUGAUGCCCCUAGGGCUGUGUUCCCCUCCAUGGUAGGACGUCCCCGGCACCAGGGGGUCAUGGUAGGCAUGGGCCAGAAGGACUGUUAUGUGGGAGAUGAGGCCCAGAGCAAGCGAGGCAUCUUGACCCUGAGGUAUCCCAUUGAGCAUGGAGUCGUCACCAACUGGGAUGAUAUGGAAAAGAUCUGGUACCACACGUUCUACAAUGAGCUCCGCGUAGCACCAGACGAGCAUCCAAUCCUUCUCACCGAGGCACCCCUCAACCCCAAGAUCAACCGGGAGAAGAUGACUCAGAUAAUGUUCGAGGCUUUCAACACGCCUGCCAUGUAUGUAGCUAUCCAAGCUGUGCUGUCCCUCUACGCUUCGGGAAGGACUACAGGUAUUGUGAUGGAUUCUGGGGAUGGGGUCACUCACACUGUGCCCAUCUACGAAGGUUACGCUCUGCCCCAUGCCAUUCUACGACUGGAUCUGGCAGGCAGAGACCUGACUGAUUACCUCAUGAAAAUCCUGACAGAACGAGGCUAUAACUUCACCACCACAGCUGAGCGCGAGAUCGUGCGGGAUGUGAAAGAAAAGCUGUGCUAUGUAGCCCUGGACUUUGAACAGGAAAUGGUCACUGCAGCUGCUUCUUCCUCACUUGAAAGAAGCUACGAGCUCCCUGAUGGGCAGGUGAUCACCAUUGGGAACGAACGUUUCCGAUGCCCGGAAGCCAUUUUCCAGCCUUCCUUUCUAGGCAUUGAAUCCAGUGGGAUCCAUGAGACAACCUUCAACUCCAUCAUGAAGUGCGAUGUGGAUAUCCGUAAGGAUUUAUACGCCAACACUGUGCUCUCUGGAGGCAGCACCAUGUACCCGGGCAUUGCCGACAGGAUGCAGAAGGAAAUUGUAACCUUGGCACCAAGCACCAUGAAAAUCAAGAUCAUAGCUCCCCCAGAACGCAAGUAUUCUGUUUGGAUUGGGGGCUCCAUCCUUGCCAGCCUGUCUACGUUCCAGCAGAUGUGGAUCAGCAAGCAGGAAUAUGACGAAGCUGGGCCUCCUAUUGUUCACAGGAAAUGCUUCUGAAUGGUCUUCCGUGUCACUUUUCCUAGGUCAUAACCAUAGCGCCCGCCUCACCCAGUAAGAUUAAGGUAAAUCGUUCACUUCCUAUUGAGUGCACAAGCCAGCCAAGCCACAUCUCCACUCGAGUAUCCUGGGCUAUGACAUAG